UCUGCACAAAUCCGAUUCCCAUGUGAGAAUGUUUAUGUUUAAUUUGUAUUUCUCAUAAUAAAAGUUUAGGUACUAAUACUUAUUCUGAGUUAUUACUUUUUGUUAGUAACCAUUUAUAGUUGGGUUGGGCUUUUAUCAGUAUAUGAAUAACUUUUCUAUUCGCAAUGGAGGCUGCUACCUUAAAGAAGAAAUCAACAGGUCUUAGCAAAGGGAAAUUAAAAAAGACAAUCAAAAAUGUGUUAUGCCGCCCGGAUUCUAUAAAUUGGCCAGUUGUAUCAGAAGAAAACGCCAAAGAUUUAAGUGCGUCUUUAAGGAAUUAUAAAGUGGAGAUUCCGGAAUUUAAGAAGUUGAAAUGGGACAUACUAAAGAAUAUACCUAAAGAAGAAAGGCCAAAGCCACCACCGAUUAAAAAACCAGACGGCCUGCUAUUUGGAUUAAGACAUUGCUCUGAAGCUAUUGUAAGCAAAAAUUGCUCUGCGUUAAUGGUUGAUUCAGAAGUACACCCAAAACCUAUUGUUCAACCCAUAAUAGAAGCCUGCAUAACAGCUGAAGUGCCUGUUGUCUGCCUUAAAAAUUUGAAGGAACUAUCUCUCAGCAACUUCGGUGUCAAAACUGCCUGUCUAGGUGUUAAACAGCAUUGUCUAGAAGAAAUCUCUAAAAAGAUUAGAGCAUUAGCAAAAAUGUGUGCUCCAAUGCAACCAAAAUCAAUUCAAAAUGUAGAAGUGACUGUCAAAAGUGAACCACAAGAUACCAAAAUGACAGACGGACCAAACAACACUGAAAUAACAAAUUACCUCCUAAAACGAAUAUCUAAGAAAACCAGAAUCUUUGUACCUCCAUCUGAUACUGAGACCAAAGGGGUCGAGAAAAAAUUCAUUGGACAAGAUUUCAUAGAAUUUUUUGGAAAAAUUAAUAAAGAAAAUACCAAUGAGGUAAAGAACUUUGAACAUGCUUAUAAGAAUAUGAAGCUAAAAAGAAUUACAAAUAAUCCAAACAGGGUGCAAAUGGGAAAAAAAAGGAAAAUUCAUAAUACCAAAUAA